AUGCACAAGGAGGCAGUGUCCUACACCCUGAGGAUCGAGGGGAAGCCUUACACCAUCCACCUGCAGCAGCAUGCCUUUUUAUCUGAUGAUUUCCAGACUUAUGUGGCCAGCGAGCAGGGAUCUUUGCACUCUGAUUCUGCCCACGCUGAGGGAGGCUGCCACUACUGGGGCUACAUCGAUGGCUUCCCCAGCUCAGCAGUGACCCUCAACACCUGCUCAGGGCUCAGGGGUUUGCUGCAGUUUGAGAACGUGAGCUACGGGAUCCAGCCCCUGGGCUACUCCCCUGCCUUCCAGCACGUGCUGUACCGAGUGGGUGAGGAGCAGCCCCUCCCGGCAGCUGCACAAUCUCCCAAAUACCUCACAGUGUACGUGGUUUUGGACAAGGCUUUGUACAACUAUAUGGGAUCAGACCCGAAUGCUGCGACACAGAACAUAAUCCAGGCCUUCAGUUUAAUCAACAAUAUGUUUAAUCCCCUUAAUGUCACCAUUGUGCUGUCCUCCCUGGAGCUGUGGGCAGAGGGGGAUAAAAUAUCAACAGCAGGGGACACAAAUGACCUUCUACAGCGAUUUUUACAGUGGAAACAGUUGUCUCUGGAGACACAGGCACACAACAUUGCUUCUCUUUUAGGGUACAGGCACCAAGGAGCCCUCGUGGGUGCAGCAGCUCCAGGAAAGGCAUGUCAGAGAGAUGCUGCUGCCACGGUGGCCCUGUACCACGGGAACGUGACCCUGGAGGCCUUGUCAGUGCUGCUGGCCCAGGUGCUGGGCCAGAGCCUGGGCAUGAGCCCCGACAGCCCCCGAGGCUGCAGCUGCCCUGGACGAGUGUGCACCAUGAGCCCUGCGGCGCUACAUCUCAGUGGGUCAAAAGCCUUCAGCAACUGCAGCAUCAGGGACUUUGAGAGCUUCCUGAAGCAGGGCAGAGGGGAUUGCCUUUUUGGCAGCCCCAGGCUGAGCCGCCAGUCCCGGCAGAGCGGCGCCGUCUGCGGCAACCGCGUGGUGGAGCCGGGCGAGCAGUGCGACUGUGGCACAGCCCAGGAAUGCCUGAAGGACAGGUGUUGCACUCCAAGAUGUAGACUCAGGCCAAGAGCAAAAUGUGCCUCUGGAUUAUGUUGUAGAAAUUGUCAGUUCAAGUGGAGGAACUCGCUGUGCCGCCCGGCCGCCGAUGCCCAGUGUGACCUGCCCGAGUUCUGCAGCGGCUCCUCCGCCUCCUGCCCGCCCGAUGUGUACGUGCAGGACGGGCAGGAGUGCGGGCGUGGCACCGGCUACUGCUACCAGGGACGCUGCCAGUCCCCGGACCUGCAGUGCAGGAGGCUCUACGGGACAGACUCCAGGAACGCUCCUGUGAUGUGCUACGAGGAGAUCAACGGGCAGCGGGACAGGUUUGGGCACUGCGGCUUCAAGCCCGACCGCAGCUACCGGCUCUGUGUUUGGAGGGACCUCAGGUGUGGGAAGUUAAUCUGCACAUACCCAUCCCACAAGCCCUUCUUAGCCCCUGCCACUGCUGUGAUGUACGCCCGGGUGAAGCAUCAUAUCUGUGUGUCUCUGAACUACCUGAACGUGUCCAGAUGGCUGGAUCCCCUUCUGGUUGCUCCAGGGACAAAGUGUGGCUCUGGAAGGGUGUGUAUGAACAACACAUGCCACCCUCUGUCGGUGCUGGGACCCAUCUGUGACAGCAAAACAAAGUGCCACGGCCACGGCGUGUGCAACAACAAGGGCAACUGCCACUGCAACAUGGGCUGGCAGCCCCCUGACUGCCAGUGGAGGGGGUCACGCCGGGGGGGCAGCUGGGACAGCGGGCUGCAGUUCACAGAGGGAGGCCUGCAGCGAGCACUGGAGGACGGUGAGAUGGCCUGGCUGGUGCUGGGCUCCAGCCUCGUCCUGCUGUUCCUGACGGCGGCCCUGGGGCUCGGCCUGUGGCGGCAGCAGGUGCCUGGCCAGUGCCAUGGGGAGCGGGCGCCGGGCACCGAGGGGGCCAAGGCCCCACUGCAGAUCCCCCACAGCAGCAGCCGGGACACGGGCAGGGAGCUGGAGCCAGACCUGGAGCGAAACCUGGAGCCAGAGCAGGAGGUAAAACGGGAGCCAGGCCUGGAGCUACAUCAGGACCCAGGCCUGGAGCUAAAAUGGGAGCCAGACCUCGACCUAAACCGGGAGCCAGACCUGGAGCUAAAAUGGGAGCCAGACCUGGAGGUACAGGAGCCAGAGCUGGCCCCGGAGCUGCAGACAGACGUAGAGCUGGAGCCAGAGCUGGAGAUGAAGACAGACACGGACCCACCAGCAGAGCCAGCGCUGGGGCAGCACCACGGGCACUAA